AACAAAUCAAUGUUGAUGUUCGUGAAAAUGCAAUUUCUGGUGAAACUAAACGGGUUGAAAAAUAUGAAGAAGGAAAUAUACAUAUUCAAGAACAUAGUUAUGGAAGCUUUAUUCGUGCUAUUUCUCUCCCUCGUAACGUUAAAACUUCAGAUAUCACUGCUAAGUUUGAACAAGCAAUUAUACCACCGAUACUACCAGAACCAACCGUCAAUGAGAUCCCAAUAUUACGUUUUAAGGAUGGUGCAAUAUUAAGUCGCACGACAUGGAAACGCGCCUAUCGCGAUUAA